AUGUUGGACAUUUCGCUCCCUACGCCUGGGCGAGCAGGGAAGACCGUGGUUUCCAAUACCGCAUGGCAGCGGGGGGGAUUCAUGCUCAACAUUCUCCGAGUGCCGUUUCUGGGCUCGGAGUGUGGACCGAGCGAAGGCAAGGGCCCGCGGUCCAUCGAGCAGAGAGAUUGUGGAGAUGGGAGGCGCUUUGAUGAUCUGAUCAAAGCGGCUCGACCACAGGCGAUGUGCUCCAACAUCCCAGCCCAGAUUGCGCACAUCUCCAUCGAUCCCUGA